UUGUCUGUGUUUCAUAUGUUAUGUGUAUGACAACAACACAAAGACCUCAACAGGUUCAUAACCACAAUCGCACACAUCAUAACCAUUCGCAUCAUAACACCAACACGACGAGGGAGCCUCCAGUGAGGGAAUCUUUCAAUUUUAUCUACGAACCUCACUCUCAAAUGAUGGUUGUAGUUAGCGCCAAGGAAUGUUACGUAUUUGCAUUAAGUGACAGUGAAAAGUCGGCUGUCCACACAGACGCUGGUAUACGGGCAGUAGAGCUGCGUUUACUGAGUGCUUUAAGUACUUCUGCUGUGACGACUACAACCAGAGAUCAACUGGAUCCUAAGGCAGCACAUGCAUGUGGCGGACAUGCAACGACAUUCUACAAGGAAUCCAGUUCAUAAGUUUAGAAGAUAGUACAUGUACAAGAAUAAAAAUAAAUAAUCAUUUAAUGUUCAAA